AUGUUUGGGUGGUGGGACCGCAUCCUGACGUUCCCCUUCGACCUAUUGUUAGAGCUCAAUGAAACAAGACUCCUGAUCGAGUGGGACGACUAUGCCCUCUCGCUUGCCCUCCCCUUAAGCGUGGUUGCCACCGUCAUCGCCAUCAUGAUCCAGCUGGUGCUCGCCUACUACAACGACACCGCGGUGUCUAACCAGCUUUUCGCUCCCAAUUACCAGCAGAUUAAACAGCUGAUAGUUGCCAGUGGUUUCAAAGGAAGCAAGGUGGCGUUGGCCCCCCUGACGCUGCAAGUGGUGGUGGCUCACGGCUCUCGGCUAGCGUACGCUAUCAUCUGGGCAUUAUGUGUCGCCUCCACAUACCUGGUGUUGACUCAAAAGAAAGAGUAUGGUUUAUUGUAUACCCAAAGCCAGCCUAAUCUGAAACUGGCAAUCAAACGGCUGCUCCAGUUUGUCACUCACCCAGUUCGUUAUUUGUUUGGGAAACUCUUUCCAGACUUUGCUCCACCAGCAAGAGAAGAAAACGAUAUUGAUCUUAAUCGCCAAAUUUGGACAAUGAAAGUGUGGAACCCGUCUAAAUUUGGGCUCUACUUGCUGGUAGCAUUUAACCCAAUUAAUUUAGCUAUUAUCACCUGGGUAAAGUGUCUGACAAUUGCGUUAUUAGGUACCGUGGGACUUGUGCUGAUAAUGGUAUUUUACUUGAUAUCGAAAUUCCUCAAUUUGCUCCAUGAUCGCAGUAUCUUACACGGAGAGAUGAUGCUGGAAUAUUACACCAAAUUCGUGAAGCCGCGGACCCAGGUGCUCAAACGGGACGUGGCGAUCGACGCGGGGCUUGGGCCGUGGCGGGCCAUGGUCUACGAGGGCGAUCAGCCUUAUACUUAUACCAAGCUGAGAGUAUUUGUCACCCACGACGAUACUGGUAAAGAGGUCGUAGAAUACGUUAAACCUGAAAACGAUACCGAAACCGUUAGAGUUGACCAAGACCCCCAGGCAGUGCUUGAACGAUUACGCCAUGAAAAUGAGGAAUUGCGAUGGAGAAACCGCGAGCUCUCGCGAUUGCUGCUGCGACAAGGAUCGCGCCAAGGGCUGGUGGUACGCCACGGAGGCCACCUGCUUUUCAGUGGCGACGACGACGACGACUACGACGACAGCGAGGGGCAGAUGUUCACGCUGGCGUUGAAGCGACAGAAGUACCCCUUCCAGAACCUGUUCCGUUUGCCUAGUCCUCAGAGAGGUGGCAAGCUUAGUGCGAUUCUGACGCCUAAGCUCCAGCUUAACUCGCUCCCCAGCACGCGUAGUCCCCUGCCGUCUCGACCCCGACGGCUGCCCAACCACUUUGAGCGGCUGCUGCCAUUUAGCCGCCCCGCCUAA